AUGUCUCCUCGUGUAGUGAAGGAUCUUCCAGACAGAUAUGAAGAUUUACAAUGCUUCCUCUUCUCAGAGACUGAGACCGUGAGUGAGUUUCUAAAGUGCUGCUAUGACCCUUCUCACUUGCUGGCUCAAGAAGCUUGCAAAGAUGAUGACGACGACGAUCAAUCCGAAUGCUGUUUUGACUAUUGCUGUUUUGACAACUGCGUAGAUGCUCCAUCAGAACAGCCUAAACAAGAGUCUGGUACUCCAUCUACUCCCCCGGAUGAGAAAGUCAAACUUGAAUUUGGUCCAACCGAGUUCAAACUUUACAACAGAGACGGAGAAUUGAAUUUGACAAAUGAAACCUCUACAAAUCAAACAGCUGAACAAAAGCUGCCACCAGAUAUGUUGGGAAGCCAGCUCCCUUGUGCGAAUGUCUCACAUCCAAUACCAUUGCCUACACCCCCAACACCUCCGAGUACUAGCAUUUCCGGACUUGAGAGUCGAGAAUUCUCUCAGACCCACCACCACCAUAUGCAGUUCGAAGACCAAUAUAAUGGAAACGUUAUACGGCAUGAUAUCAUUAUACCAUCGAAUAUUCAUUGGCAUAUACACAAUCAUCAUCUGAACCAUCCGCAUUAUCAUACAAUGAAAGACGAAGAAUUAGAGAGACCUCACAAAAAAAUGAAGAUGGAAACGAAGGACCAACCGUCUCUGUUCAAUUGUAAAUGGGACGGCUGUCAGGAUGAAUUGGAUAGCUCCACAUUUAAUCAGCACCUUCUAGAUUCUCAUUUGACGCAGAAGACAGAUGUGUACGACUGUGGAUGGCAAGAGUGUCCAUUUACAGCUGAUAACCUGGACGAUCUUUUGGCACACGCAGGAAUUCAUUUAGAAAAAACCCCACCCCUUGCAGAGAACCUAGAUUUGUGCAAGCCUUUGCCUGCUCAUAUAUGUCAGUGGGAACACAAAGAUGGAUCCGUUUGCGGGAAAGAGUUUGCUAGUACAUCUGAUUUAACGAACCAUGUUAUAGACAUUCAUGUUCAGUCGAAGAAAUCAGAGUACACCUGUUGUUGGAAAAAUUGUACCAGAGAGCAUAAACCAUUUAGCCAAAGACAGAAGAUUAUUCGACAUCUCAAUACGCAUACCAAACACAAACCAUUUGUGUGUCACUAUUGCAUGAAGAGCUUUUCUUUGGAGCUCAUGCUUGAACAACAUCUGAGAACACAUACGGGCGAAACACCGUUCAAAUGCAACAUUUGUGGAAAAGAAUUCAAGACCUCGUCAUCAUUCAUCAUUCACCAAAGAAUCCAUACUGGUGAGAAACCUCUGGAAUGUCAAGUCUGUGGCAAGAAGUUCAGGGAGUCUUCAAAUCUGAAUAAACACAUGAAGAUUCAUUCGCGGAAAUUUAAAUGCGACUGCUGUAUGCGGAGCUUCGACAAGGAAGCCAAAUACUUGAAGCAUCUUGAAUUAUGCCAAAAAGGUACUUACGGGAACAAGAAUUGUAUUUGUAAAGGUGAUAUGGAGGCUGAUAUUAAGAUUAGUGUAUGA